UCGGCCGAGCUGAAGAGGACGAAAGUGACCCAGUGGACGUCAGUGGAUAUACAAACAUGCGGGCCUUACAAGUAUUCGCAUUCGUCGCAGCCUGCGCCGCUGCUAGCGCCGGCUAUAUAGGCCACUCUGGCUAUGGUGGCCACGGUGGCUAUGCUGGCUACGGCGGCCAUGGUGGCUACGGUGGCUACGGGGGCUAUAGUGGGCUAGGCGGCUACGGCGGCUAUAGUGGCCACGGUGGUUACGAAGGCCACGGGGGCUACGCUGUGGCCCACGACGAUGGCAACCACGGAGACUAUCAUUCGCAUCCCAAAUACGCGUUCGACUACUCGGUGAAGGAUCCUCACACCGGCGACCACAAGACCCAGUGGGAAACGCGCGACGGUGAUGUCGUUAAAGGCGCAUAUUCUCUCGCCGAACCUGAUGGCACCACUCGCAUCGUAGAAUACACCGCCGACAAGCAUAAUGGCUUCAACGCAGUGGUCAAGCGCAUCGGCCACGCUCACCACCCGCAGGUUUACGGUCACGACGCACACGGUUACUACGGAUACCACUAGGUAGCGCUGAAAUCAAACCUCUUUACCAAAUAGUAAUGAUGGAGUAAUAGAUGGCGUUAGAAGUAUUUAAAUAGGCGCUCGAGUUACCUUUUGAAUUGACGUUCUGUGAUAGAAACUGGAUUUUCUAUGAUUUUUCCAGUUAAUACAGGUGUCGGAUAUAUAAA